AUGUCGACUCAGUACAAGUUCCAGGGCUGGAUGGGCCUUGACAAAGACGCAGUCAACGGCAACAUGGUCUGGCAGGAGUAUGAGCCAAAACCGUUCGAAGACACCGAUGUCGACAUCAAGAUCACGCACUGCGGUAUCUGCGGCUCGGACAUCCAUACUCUACGCUCCGGUUGGGUUCCGACAAGCUAUCCGGUUUGUGUGGGUCAUGAGAUCGUCGGGCAUGCCGUACGAGUUGGUGACAAGGUCAAGGAUAUCAAGGUUGGCGACAGGGUCGGAGUUGGCGCUCAGUCCGGAGCUUGCCUGAACCAGAAAGGUGACUGCGAGGCGUGCGCAGAUGGCAUGGAGCAACAUUGCGCGUCCGUCACCACCACCUAUGACAGUAGAUGGCCUGAUGGCAGCAAAUCAUACGGUGGGUAUGCCGACUAUUGGCGAGGUAGCGGUGCCUUCGUCUUCAAGAUUCCUGAUGCUCUCCCUUCCGAUAUCGCCGCUCCUAUGCUCUGUGGUGGCAUUACCGUAUUCUCGCCGCUUAAACGGUGUGGAGCUGGCCCUGGAAAGAAGGUCGGUAUCGUUGGUAUCGGGGGUCUGGGUCAUUUCGGUAUCCUUGGUGCAAAAGCGCUUGGUUGCGAUGAGAUUGUUGCCAUCUCUCGAACGAAUACAAAGAAGGAGGAUUCUAUGAAGAUGGGCGCAACUGGUUUCAUCGCCACGGACGAGGACGAGGAUUGGGCGACCAAGCACGCCGGCACACUCGACAUUAUCAUUAGCACGGUGUCCUCUCCAAAGAUGCCCAUCCAGGACUAUCUCGCACUGCUGCGCUUGAAGGGUCAAUUCGUGCAGGUGGGAGCGCCAGAAGACAACAUUCCUGGCUUCAAUAUUUUUGCUCUCAUUGAGAAGCGCUGCACUAUUGGAGGCAGCGCGAUCGGCUCGCCAGAUGAGAUCAAGGAUAUGUUGAAGCUGUACGCGGAGAAGGGUGUGAGGACAUGGAACAACAACGUACCGAUGAAGGAUGCUAACAAGGCUGUUGUCGACAUGGAGGCCGGCAAGGCUCGAUAUCGCUAUGUGCUGGUCAACGAAAAGCAUCUCGGUUGA